AUGGAUGUCGAUAAUGUCUUUCUAAAUUGUGAGUAUGCUUCUAAUCUUGUUUUUCGAACAGGUAUCAAUGAUUGUAAAAUUGAAAAUACUCCUCUAGAAUCCAAUGUUCGGUUUACUCCUCAAGAUGGUACUUUGCUUGACAAUGCCUAUCUUUAUCGGAAACUCGUAGGUAGCUUGAUUUACCCCAUGUUUACUAGACCAGAUAUAUCAUAUGUUGUUUAUUUGGUUAGUCAAUUCAUGGCCUCUCCGGGUACCACUCAUUAUGUUGUUGUCCUCCGAAUUAUUCGAUAUAUUAAGGGGCUCAUGUUUUAUGGUCUACACUACUCCGAUGCAUCCUCAUUGAUUCUUAUAGCCUACUCCGAUGUUGAUUGGGUCGGUGAUCCUAGUGAUCGUCGAUCCACCACGAGUUUUUCUAUUUUUCUUAGAGAUUCUCUUAUUUCUUGGCGGAGCAAGAAACAAACUUUAACAGCCCGUUCUAGCACUAAAGUUCAAUAUCGUGCUCUUGCUGAUACGACAUCUGAGAUAUUAUGGCUUCGUUGGCUUCUUGCUGAUUUUGGAUAUCUCAACCUUCCCCGACAAUCUUUAUUAUGA